GUUCGGCUCAGUGUACUCGCAUAGUAUCGCGACGAUGUGGAGCGGUGUGUUGGCUUCCGUCCUUCUCGUAGUGCCCGCGCUCGCUGCGUCGGCAGACGAAUGGCGCAGCCGCUCCAUAUAUCAGCUUGUGACGGAUAGGUUUGCUACGACGGACGGCGACUGGCCCGCAUGCGACACAGAAGACAGGGUAUACUGCGGCGGCACGUGGCAGGGUAUCAUCAACAAGCUUGACUACAUCCAGAACAUGGGAUUCGAUGCUAUCUGGAUCUCCCCGAUCGUCGCCAAUCUUGAGGGUAAUACGGGUGACGGAGAGUCUUACCAUGGGUACUGGACCGUGGACCAGAAUUCUCUGAACUACCAUUUUGGUUCAGAGGGUGACUUGCUCGCGCUCAGUUCUGCUCUACACGACCGUGGCAUGUACCUCAUGCUCGAUGUCGUCGUGAACCACAUGGGCGCUGACACGCUGCCUCCGGACUACUCGCUCUUCUCCCCCUUCAACUCAUCUUCGGACUUUCACACGUUCUGCUGGAUCACGGACUACAACAACCAGACAAAUGUUGAACAAUGCUGGCUCGGCGAUGAUAACGUACCUCUGGCUGACAUGGACACGGAAGCCGAUAACGUCAUCGAGUUCUUCUACAACUGGAUCACUCGGCUGGUGAAUGACUACGGUGCGGAUGGAGUCCGAAUUGAUACCGUCAAACAUAUCAGGAAGACAUUCUGGCCCGAAUUUGCAACCGCCGCCGGAGCUUUCACGGUCGGCGAAAUAUUCGACGGCAGUGUGGACUACGUUGCUCCUUAUACCGAGGUCGUUGAUGCUGUACUCGACUACCCGACGUACUAUCAGCUCACCUACGCCUUCCAAUCGACCAGCGGUUCUAUCUCCAAUCUUGUCGAUGUCGUACAAUCAGCACAGUCGUCCUACAAGAACGGCGAGUUCAUGGCAGGAUCUUUCCUUGAAAAUCAAGACAAUCCACGUUUCCAGUCUUUGACGACAGAUCAGUCGCUGGUGAAAAAUGCUAUGGCUUGGCCCUUCAUUCAGGACGGUGUUCCGAUCCUUUAUUAUGGUCAGGAACAAGGGUACACCGGUGGAAAUGAUCCAUAUAAUCGUGAAGCGCUUUGGCUCUCCGGCUACGUCGAGGAUAAACCUCUUGUCAAACAUGUAAGGACGCUGAACGCGGCACGGAAGGCCGCCAUCAACGCAAGCUCUGAGUUCCUGUAUACCGCUCUGACGUUCCCCUCAGUCGAGUCCUCUACUUUGGCUGUUUCCAAAUAUCCGAUGCUUAGCCUCCUUACAAACGGAGGAGAGAGCAGCACGCCUUCGUGGAGCGUAUCUGACACCGGAUUCUCAGCGGGCACGGAGCUGAUCGACGUGCUGAAUUGCACGACGUACACCGUGGACAGUAGCCGUGGCCUGGACGUUACGGGCUAUGACGGCCUGCCGAUAGUGCUCCUGCCGAUUUCUGCAUUCAACUCUACAUACUGCAAGGAUUUACUUGGCUCGUACUAUUCGUCUGAGGGAUAUGCAGGCCAGUCGUCCCUAACGUUGCCUGUAGAUUAGGUUUCUCGCCCAACGAUAUGAUAGAGACUUGUCUACAGAUCGAGAUUCGCACCACCAUCCGAAGACUUUCCUGUGACCGAUAUCAAGAAUCCAGUGAUGUUGCGCAUGCCAGAGAAUGGUCC